UUAUUGAUGUAUUCUGAUCUGAUCUGAUUGGAUGUUGUCCCCUCUCACUGCACUGUAAGUUUGUUGACGGAGCGCUGUGUAACAAGUGUCCCCGGAAAUUGGGGGCGAUUGUUGCAGGGCCUCCGCUAGUUACAGUAGUUACAUGCCUCACUAACGUCGAGGUGCGCCGCGCGACUUGCAGUGGCCAGUCAAAGGCGACUCUUAUCCAGGCUCUUAAUUGAGACCCGCUUUGUCUGAACGCGACUUGACGCGCCGCCGCCCAGAAUCUUUGUCGAGGUCACGAUAGCAAAUUACCAGUCAAGGGAAUUCUCAGUGAAGUCCCACUAGAGAUGCCUUAGUACUCUUGGACACACCGGAAAUGGCCAUGGAAUCACCACCUUCAUCCGAUACGGGAGCUCAACCGUUCGACGCCUCGUUGCCAUUUGCGGGGGUCGUGGUUUGCUGCACCAGUAUUCCGGCCGAAGAACGAACUUACAUCGAUGAGCGUGUCAAGGAAUUCGGCGGCGUACACAAAUAUGACCUGACGCCUGAUGUAACCCACCUCAUUGUCGGCGACUACGACACUGCCAAAUACCGUCAUGUUGCUCGCGAACGACCCGAUAUCAAGCCCAUGGCAGCAGGGUGGAUCAAUGCUGUACGAAGCCACUGGGUUAAUGACCAAGAGUUCGACUUUGCCAACCUGGAAUCCGAGUUUCGACUGCGGCCUUUUGAGAGCGGCGGUGGCUUUCCCCAGAGCACAGAUUCGCCCAAGAGACGACGGCAGCAACUGUUGAUAUGCUUGACCGGCUUCGAGGACCAUGAUCGUCAGUACAUCGAAGACACCGUGGUUGCCAACGGUGGAACAUACAUGGGGGAUCUGUCCAGGAGGGUGACUCACUUGAUUGUCUGCAAACCCGAAGGCAAAAAGUACCAGGCUGCUAAGAACUGGAACAUCACAACCGUGUCUAUCGAAUGGCUGGAUGAUAGUGUGAGGCGGGGCAUGAUAUUGGACGAAGUCUGCUACGAUCCUAUUCUACCAAAGGAAGAUCGCGGAAAGGGUGCCAUCAUCAGGAAAGAGACGAAGCGACACUCCCUCGGGGCAAAACGACCUCGUGAUGGGGCAGAUGCCGUCCAGCAAAAUGGACCAAGGAAAUUGAGAAAGAGUGCAAGCAUGCGCUUGAACAGCCAGGGAAACAAUCUUCUCAACGAGAUUUUCAACAAUAGCAAGCAGCAUGUGGCAGAUGCACCGAGACCAGCUUUAGAGCAAAAGUCUUUGAGCACUUCAGUGCUCCCGCCUGUCGCUGCUCAUAUCCUCAAGCCUCUACCUCAACCCUUGGCCAGUCUAUUGCCGUCUCUACCUUCAAUGACUGCCGACCCGACACAAGCUGCAGACGGCGUCUUUGCGUCUUGUCGAUUCAUGAUACAUGGGUUUCUUGAGAGGAAACAUCAAAUAAUGUACGAUUGCCUGACAUCGCAUGGAGGCCGAAUUGCAAAGUCAGUGGAGGAACUAUCUCUACCAUCGCAGCACGAGCCACAUGAUCAGCGAUUCCUCGUGGUUCCUCAGACUUCACAGCCACACACUCAUCCGAUCAUCCCCGAGGCCGUCCACAUUGUCACUGAAUUCUACAUAGAGCGUUGCAUUCAUGGCAGACAGCUUCUCCAUCCCACCGAUCAUGUACUUGGAAGACCUUUCCCUAGCUUCCCUGUAGAUGGUUUCGAGGAGUUGACAAUACACAGCACCGGAUUUAGAGAUGAGCAACUCAACCAGGUCGAGAAAACCAUUAUACAGCUUGGUGCCAAGUAUGCAGAACGAUUCAACAACCAGAGUUCAUUAAUGUUAUGUCCUAGCCUCAAGGAUGUGCGGACAGGAAAGCUUGAUCUAGCACUGCGGAAUAAGAUACCUGUCAUCAACGCCGAAUGGUUAUGGCAAUGUAUCUCCGCGGGGUUCAGAGUGCCAUGGGAUAGCUUUGUCUUUCCCGAGAUACAACAUAAAGUAGCCAUUGACGUUGACCCGGAUCUGGAGAACCGACGGCAGAAACUACAACGGUCUAAAUCCGAGCCUAUCCGGAAGAAGGAGAGCAGACCAGAUAUACGUGCCCCUGCCGCCAAAGAGGCACUUGAUUUGACGGCGUUUUCCAAAGAAGACGUACGCGCAGCCGUGAGGCAUGACAGUGCCGCCGACAUCCCGCAGCCAAAAGUGGCUACAGUCGUGGUGCAAGAAGAGGACUCGGCCAUUGACGUCUCAAACUAUGAUACAGCACCCACUCAUCAAGCGCAUGACAGUCUAGGCAAUGGGCCCCUUUGUGAACUUGGCAAGAACGCGCUUAACAAAUCGCUCGAUACUCCACUGUCCAGGCCUGCUUCUCACAACACUCUUCGACGCUUCCCAACCGGAGCUACUGUUGGCGAUUCAGAAUUCGGCGAUGACCCUGAUGCCGCUCCCAUGCAUGUUAUCGGCGCUGCUCUCGAAGAAGAGCAACCUGUAGCGCUCAACGUAUCACAUGCAAAGGGAGCACAGAAGCAAAAAACGGAAGAGGUGAGGGCUGCAGAGCGCGCGGCCAUGGCGAAGCAGUUCACCAGCCUCAUGGAUAAACUACCCACAGAUGACACGAACAAAGACAGCAGCCAUACGAAUUCGAUGUCGGCCGCCAAAACCCAGCGUCGUAAGCGGGAGAUUUUGGGACGUGCGACCUCCAACGCUUCGGCGGCGUCUUCGGCAAGCGCUGAAUCAGGUAGUGUUGCUAAUAAACCAAAAAUGAUGGAUAAUACCAAAAGCGCACCUGGCUCUAUGGGUUUACUGGAUGAAAUGUUGAGUGGAGAGCAAGACGAGUGUGCACAGACCGAGGAGGCACCGCUACCCCCAGCCACACAAGUCGGGUACGACGACCCUCAGGCCCGGGAGCAUCGUGAAAAGCUUAUGGACAGGAUUCAAGGGAAGAAGAAGAGUAACAACGACCAAGUAGAGAAGAUCCAAGAGAAGCCAGCCAACGGGCCGGUAGCGGGCGUCACGAGUACUGCUGCCAGCAGGCGAACGAGGAGGAAAGGCUUCUGAUAGGCUAGAGGCUAUAAUGCCCGACUUACGAUUUGGACGACCAAGAGGAUUACAGUACGGAUCAGUAUUGGGGCAUGACUAGGAGUAUUUUGGACGGUCUGCCACGGGCCAUGCAUCAUGGAAAAUAGUCAGAUAUUGCUUUUGAUGAUCAUUCUUAUGGAUAUCCGAAUGCAGAGCAUAGUAUUUACAGGAUACAUAGCCUC